CAUCACACUUCACUGCAGUGCAAGGCAUCAGCUCUCGACAGACUCCUCACCGCCGCUUCCGCUACCGAAAAGAGAGGGUUUUUUCAGCGCUGCUCCUGAAAGAGAGAUAGAGAGAAGAAGACGAUGGCAACAAUGGUCAGAGGCGUAAGGAUGCCUGCUGCUGCACGGUCGUCGGCGGCGGGGAGGAACAAGAAGCUCCGGAAGACGUACACGAUCACGAGGCCGCGGGAGAGGUGGACCGACGAGGAGCACGAGCGAUUCCUCCACGCCCUGCACAUAUUCGGCCGUGACUGGAAGAGCAUCGAGGCCUUGGUGGCGACCAAGACGAGCGUGCAGAUCCGCAGCCACGCCCAGAAGCACUUCCUCAAGGCCCAGAAGCUCGGCCUCGGGGCGUGUCUGCCGCCGCCGCUUCACCCUCGCCGCGGCGCGGCCCUCGGCCAGCAGCCGCCGGCCCACCCUGACGCCGACAUGCUGGAGCCGAGCAUGGACUGGGCAUGCGCCGCGCCUGAAUCCCGUUGGCCGGACCUCGACGCACCGGGCGCCGAAGAGUGGCCGUCCGCCGGUGCCCUGCACCUGCAGGACGAAACCGUUGAGCUCCCACUGUCUCCCCACGACCUGCGCUUCGCUCUGGUCUACCGGUUCGUCGGCGACGUCUUCGCCUCCGACGCGGCUGUCCCGGUCGAUGCGCAACUCCACAGGCUUCAACUGCAGGGCGUCGACCCCGUCGUCGUGGACACGAUCUUGCUGGUAUUAAGGAAUCUGGAAGCGAACCUGUGUGCCUAGGACUCUGCGAACGGCAUGGUUUCUUUCCUCAUCGACAGAGAAUUCGAAGCACGUUCGGUCACAUGGAUGGACGGACAGUUUUAGUUUCUUGGAGUUGGUUAAUUUUGUGCAGAAAACUAAUUGAUGUGUAGAAAGAGAAAUGUGAAAAAAGAGUUCGUUUGAAUUAGUCUUAUUCACUCACUUAGGCUAUGUACAGUGUUUUUUUUGCGGGGAGGCUAUGUACAGUGUUUGAUACGAUAUGUUUUCUUAUUCAUAGGGUUAAAAUCA